AUGACUGACAAAAGUGAAAGUUUGGAAUCUGAGAGAAAAAGUGAGAAAGUAAUAGAUUUGGACCAUGUCCUGGUUAACGAGUUGGGCCAGUUUGGGCGAUUUCAGUUUAAAUACAUAUGCCUAAUUGCGUUGCCUAUCAUGAGCUCAGCUUUCUUCAGUGAUUACGUCUUCAUAGCAGCUGCAGUACCGCACAGAUGUCGCAUUUUUGAAUGCGGCGAAAUAAAUAAGAGUGCCGUUUUCCGCCCAGAGUGGAUCACCAAUGCAGUGCCGGUAAAAUCGGGGGAUUCUGCGCUUUCCAGUUGCCAAAGAUAUGCAUCUGCAGGCACUGGCCCUAAUGGCUCUUUGCUGCACUGUCCCAUAGAUCUGUUCAAUCAUUCAAAUACCCAGAAAUGUGAUGCGUUUGUGUACGAGAAAGACACUUCUGUCGUAUAUGACUUUGAUCUCGGAUGUAAGGAGUGGCUCAGAACUCUCGCAGGGACCAUAAGUAGCCUAGGAACGUUACUAGUUCUACCAUUCAUCGGUUACAUUUCUGACCAUUAUGGACGACGCAUGGCUCUGCUCGUCAGCAUCUUCAAUACGGCUGUCGUAGGAGUAUUCAAGGCUUUUUCCGUAAACUAUACAAUGUUUUUGACCUUGCAACUACUAGAAACAACGUUAGGCGGUGGAUUGUUUAGCGCUGCCUAUAUUUUUGCUGCAGAGCUAGUUGGCCCCAAGUUCCGAGUAUUUGCCUCCGCUACAUGUUCCUCUACGUUUGCCACUGGUCAGGUAGUCCUCGGUGCCGUGGCCUGGCUUGUUCAGCCUUGGCGGACCUUGGUACUAUCUCUCUACAUCCCAGUCUUCCUUCUCUUAUCUUAUUUCUGGAUAUUUUCGGAAAGUAUUAGAUGGCUUUUAUCAAAGAAAAGGUACGCCGAAGCUAGAAUAGCGCUGGAAAAUGUCGCAAGAGUUAACAGAACCGAAAUAAGCGAGAAAUCUAUAAAUGCAUUGAUGAAUCCUCCCACUAAACCGGAAAGAGACGAGAAUCAUAGUCUGACAAAAUCAAUAUUGCAAUCCCCUGUUCUGCUCAGACGUGUAUGUACAACUCCAGUCUGGUGGAUUACGACGACGUUUGUCUACUACGGCCUCUCUAUUAACUCAACAAGCCUGUCAAAAACAGUGUAUUUAAAUUAUAUUCUCACCGUGGCAAUAGAAAUACCAGGGUUUUAUACAGCUGUGCUUACAUUGGAUAGAUUCGGGAGGAAGGUGACACUUUGUACCGGCUUUUUAUUUAGCUCAGCCUGUAACUUAGCGUUCGUUUUUAUACCAGCAGAGUUGACUGCCUUCCGCAUGGUGGUGUACUUGGCGGGUAAAUUCGGUAUCUCACUGGUGUUUACGUCUUUGUACCUCUUCACGUCAGAGCUCUACCCCACCGAGUUUAGACAUAGUCUUUUAGGGUUUUCUUCAAUGAUCGGUAGAAUUGGGUCUGUUUGUGCUCCACUUACACCAUUACUUACUAACCUUUGGCUCGGUUUGCCAAACACAAUAUUCGCUAUUUUGGGAUUGAUAUCUGGUGUUCUAGUUCUAACGCAACCAGAGACACUUGGAACAAAACUACCAGAUACCCUGGAGGAAGCUGAAGAUAUCGGAAAGAUAAAGGCGUAA